AUGAGUGCACCCACAGCAUUAAAGAAAGUAGAACAACAACAACAACAACCACAGGAUCAACAACAAGAUGCACCGCAACAACAGCAGCUGGGAGUGAACCAAGUUGAAAAUGACGACGAAGAAAUGCUCAUUGAUACAGAAAAUGUACCCUUUGAAGAACUACAACAAGGCAAAAAAUCAGACUCACAAACGGUCGAGCUUGACGAGCUGGGGAAACCCAAGUUCUCAGGAGAAGCCCAGUCUAAUAUGAAAGUCAAGUUGGAAAGCAGGAAAGUGCCAGUACCACCUCAUCGUAUGACACCAUUAAAGAAUGUAUGGACUAAAGUAUACCCUCCUUUAGUAGACCAUUUGAAACUACAGGUGCGAAUGAAUCUCAAAACAAAGACUGUUGAAUUGAGGACAAAUAAAGCCACCACUGACCCGGGCGCAUUACAAAAGGGGGCAGAUUUCGUGAAAGCAUUCACAUUGGGGUUCGAUGUGGAUGACGCUAUAGCAUUGUUGAGAUUGGACGAUUUGUAUAUUGAAACUUUCGAAAUCAAGGAUGUCAAGACAUUGACUGGAGACCAUUUGAGUAGAGCAAUUGGUCGUAUUGCUGGUAAGGAUGGUAAGACCAAGUUUGCAAUUGAAAAUGCUACAAGGACAAGAAUCGUAUUGGCUGAUUCUAAAAUACAUAUAUUGGGAGGUUUCACACACAUUAGAAUGGCUAGAGAAGCGGUGGUGUCGUUGAUUUUGGGCUCGCCGCCAGGCAAAGUGUAUGGAAACUUAAGAACAGUUGCAAGUAGGAUGAAGGAAAGAUAUUAG